AUGGCGCGACUCGGCAAGAAACAAGAAUUCAAGCGCAACUUCGGAUUCCUCUCUACCCUCGGCUUCGUGUCCAUCUACAUGGCGACCUGGGAAUUCGUUCUCGUAUCCCUCAGCGCUGGAUUGAUAAAUGGCGGGCUCGCGGGCUUAUUUUGGAUGUUUAUCGGCACGGUGACGUGCUACUCCACAAUCGUAGCGAGUUUGGCAGAAAUGGAGAGUAUGGCGCCAACGAGUGGGGGCCAGUAUCAUUGGACAAGUGAGUUUGCGCCAGUGCAGUAUCAGAAGUGGUUGUCGUAUGCGAGUGGGUGGAUGAGUACGCUUGGUUGGCUAGCCAGUGUGUCGUCUUCUACGUUCGUGGUAACGACGCUAGUGGAGGCGAUGAUUGACAUCACGGAGCCGGAUUUUGCGUUUCCGAAUUGGCAGUAUACGCUCAUUAUGCUUGCGUUUUUGGUACUCACGAUUUUUUUGAAUACCUGGGGGGCAAGGAGUUUGCCAAUGUUAGAAACGGUAAGUCUGUUCGCGCAUUUGGGAGGUUGGGUUGUAACGUUUGUUGCGCUAUGGGUUAUGUGCCCUAGGAAUAGCGCGAGCGACGUGUUUCUGAAUGUGGUGAACAAUGGUGGGUGGAGUAAUGUUGGGACGAGUUGUUUGAUCAGUCAGGUUACUGUGAUUUACUGUAAUCUUGGAUCCGACUCCAUCGUCCACAUCUCCGAAGAAGUCGAAGAUGCCUCCCUCGUCGUCCCACGCUGCAUGUGGUGGUCCUACAUCGUCAACGUCCUGCUCGGAAUCCUCAUGCUUAUCACCAUGCUCUUCGGCAUCGGCUCUCUCGACUCCGCACUCGACUCCACAGCUCCUUACCUCAACCUCUUCACCAACACUGGGUCAACCGGUAUGGCGCUCUUCCUCUCAAUCCUCCUCUUCCUGCUCAUCUUCUCUGGAAACAUCACCGCGCUCGCCACCUGCUCUCGGGAACUAUGGGCCUUUUCAAGAGAUAAGGGGUUCCCAUGUAGUCGCUGGAUAUCGCGCAUGAACCACAAGCAAAACGUCCCGUUUAAUUCUGUCUAUCUCACGUCGGUGCUAAGUGCGGUGUUGUGUCUCAUAAACAUGGGCUCAACCCUCGCCUUCAACAUCAUCGUCUCCCUCUCCCUCCUCGGAAUCCUCUCAACUUACAUGCUCUCAAUCGGCUGUCUCCUCCUAAAACGCCUUAAGCACGAGCCCCUUCCACACGCGCGUUGGUCUCUAGGUCGCUUUGGCCUCCCAAUCAACAUCUUCGCGUUCUUCUACUGUGGGUUUGUCAUCGUGUUUGCGUGUUUCCCGGUUGCGGUGCCAGUGGCGUUGGAUACGGCGAAUUGGGCGCCUUUGGUGUGGGUUGCAGUCAUUGUUUUGAGCGUAGUGGUGUAUUUCGUGCACGGGAGACAGAAUUAUACGCCGCCGGUAGAGUUUGUGGAGGGAAGGAGGGAGGCGGGGAAAGGAUUGCAG